CGUCGUGAUCAUUUCACCUCUUAAAUGCUUCAUUAAACAAAUAAUGAACACAUCAUGCAGCAGGCAAUCAUUUUGAGGACCGAGCCCCCAGCAGCAGACACGCAUGCGUCCUGGCGCUCCGUUCGGGCUGCGGGUUGCAGCUCCUCCACCGUGGCUCAGUGCGCCCCGAGCAGCCAGAGCGCACGGUUACAAUGAGCUUCUACAUCGGCCCGACUGAGAGCCAGCGUCAGAACCGAGCACAGAGCAGCAGACACACCAACACAGACCCGGACCGACACCAGCUCCGCCCGCCCGCACCAGAAUGCCCGGGGGAAAGAGAGGGCUUGUGGCACCGCAGAACACUUUCCUGGAGAACAUCGUCCGGCGUUCAAGCGAGACCAGCUUCCUCCUGGGAAACGCCCAGAUCGUCGAGUGGCCUGUAGUGUACAGCAAUGACGGAUUCUGCAAACUGUCUGGCUUCCACAGGGCUGAGGUCAUGCAGAAGAGCAGCACAUGCAGUUUCAUGUACGGAGAGCUGACGGACAAGAAGAGCAUCGACAAAGUCCGGCAGACGUUUGACAACUAUGAGUCCAACUGCUUCGAAAUCCUGCUCUACAGAAAGAACAGAAGUCCAGUCUGGUUCUACAUGCAAGUGGCUCCCAUCAGGAACGAGAACGACAAGGUGGUCCUGUUCCUCUGCACUUUUAAGGACAUCACCCUCUUCAAGCAGCCCAUCGAAGACGAAAGCACGAAAGGAUGGACCAAGUUUGCUCGGCUAACACGGGCGCUUACUAACAACCGCAACACGCUGCAGCAGCUGGCACCCAUCGGUAAACAUGAAGUCAUCCAUAAACCGUCCAGACUGGCAGAGGUUUUGCAGCUCAACUCCGACAUCCUCCCGCAGUACAAGCAGGAGGCCCCCAAGACCCCUCCCCACAUUAUCCUUCACUACUGCACCUUCAAGACCACAUGGGACUGGGUUAUCCUCAUCCUUACCUUCUACACGGCCAUCAUGGUGCCAUACAACGUCUCCUUCAAGACCAAGCAGAACAACAUUGUGUGGCUGGUGCUGGACAGCGUGGUGGACGUCAUCUUCUUGGUGGACAUCGUCCUCAACUUCCACACUACGUUUGUGGGGCCUGGUGGAGAGGUCAUCUCAGACCCCAAGCUCAUCCGCAUGAACUAUUUGAAGACAUGGUUUGUCAUCGACCUGCUGUCCUGCCUGCCGUAUGACAUCAUCAACGCCUUUGAGAAUGUGGAUGAGGGCAUCAGCAGUCUGUUCAGCUCCCUGAAGGUGGUCCGCCUGCUGCGUCUGGGCCGAGUGGCCCGGAAACUGGACCACUACCUGGAGUACGGAGCAGCUGUUCUGGUCCUGCUGGUCUGCGUGUUUGGACUGGUGGCUCACUGGCUCGCCUGCAUCUGGUACAGCAUUGGCGACUAUGAGGUCAUCGAUGAGGCGACAAACACCAUAAAGAUGGACAGUUGGCUCUAUCAGCUGGCCAUCAGCAUCGGAUCACCUUACCGCUACAACGCCAGCGGCUCGGGCCAAUGGGAGGGCGGCCCUGGCAAGGACUCUCUAUACAUCACCUCUCUGUAUUUCACCAUGACCAGCCUGACUACCAUUGGCUUUGGAAAUAUCGCACCAACGACAGAUGGAGAGAAGAUCUUCUCUGUGGCGAUGAUGAUGGUGGGAUCUUUACUCUAUGCCACCAUCUUUGGAAACGUGACCACCAUCUUCCAGCAGAUGUACGCCAACACCAACCGCUACCACGAGAUGCUCAACAACGUCCGGGAUUUCUUGAAGCUCUACCAGGUUCCCAAGGGGCUGAGCGAGAGGGUCAUGGACUACAUCGUCUCCACCUGGUCCAUGUCCAAAGGCAUUGACACAGAGAAGGUCCUGUCCAUCUGUCCCAAAGACAUGAGGGCCGACAUCUGUGUCCACCUCAACAGGAAGGUCUUCAACGAGCACCCUGCAUUCAGGUUAGCGAGUGACGGCUGCCUGCGCUCGCUGGCGGUGGAGUUCCAGACGACGCACUGCGCUCCAGGAGACCUGAUCUUCCACGCCGGAGAGAGCGUGGACACUCUGUGUUUCGUGGUGUCGGGGUCACUGGAGGUCAUUCAAGACGAUGAGGUCAUCGCCAUCUUAGGUAAAGGUGACGUGUUUGGAGAUGUCUUUUGGAAAGAAACCACCCUGGCUCAUGCGACUGCUAACGUCAGAGCGCUAACGUACUGCGACCUCCACGUCAUCAGGAGGGAAGCCUUGCUCAAAGUGUUGGAGUUUUACACCGCCUUCGCCAACUCUUUCUCCCGUAACCUCAUCCUCACCUGCAACCUGCGAAAGAGGAUAAUUUUCCGCAAGAUCAGUGAGGUGAAGAAGGAGGAAGAGGAGAGGCAGCGGGCGAAGAACGAGGUGCAGCUCACCAUCCCACAGGACCACCCCGUCAGGAAGCUCUUCCAGAAGUUCAAGCAGCAGAAGGAGCUCCGCAAUCAGGGAGCCGUGGCUGCCUCGCAGGUGGACGUGGAAAAGAAUCAGCUGCAGGUGGAGCAGCAGCAGCAGCACCACCAGCACCUGCACCCCAACAGCCUGCAGCUGGGCCACUCCAGCCUGCAGCACUCCCUGCCGCUCAGCCUGCAGCGGCCCCACUGCUCCCUGCAGAACGGGGCGCCACCCAGCAGCAGCGUGCUCACUGUGUCUCAGGUCACGCCCAUGCAGUGCUCGCUGGCGUACAGCCAUCCAGGCGAGCCUCCUGCCAAGCAGAACAAUUGUGACAUCAUGGAGCUGCAGCCCAGUUCUGCUGGAGUAGUGGAUGAGCAGACUGUCAGACUCAAAGUCAGCACCAGCCCCGCGCUGGGGAAGCCGGCCAUCAAGGCCACCGGCUGGAUGCGCCUCAAAAACAACAUGGCUCCAGUGGAAACCAGGAAGGAGGGGCUGAACAACAACGUCAAGGCUGUUUCUGUGGAGAUGCUCUCUCAGGAGGGUAAGGGUCAGGAAGCAGGAGUGGGUGGGGAUGCAGAAGAGGGCGGUGUGUCGAGUAACAACCCCUUACGUAAGACAGACUCUUGUGACAGUGGCAUCACCAAGAGUGAGCUGAGGAUUGACCGAGCAGGGGAGGCAAGGACCCCCGCUGCGGUCUCCCCGCUCCUCCACAGCCCUCUCCCUGUAGGAGCAGGGUCUCCUCACCCUUUCUGCCCAAUCCCGGAGCAGGCUCUGCAGGCAGCCCUGCAUGAAACCCGGCUGGAGCUCCGGGGGGACAUCCAGAGUCUGGGGGGCCGUCUGGGCGGCCUGGAGAGUCAGGUAGCUGAAAUUAUUAAACUGUUGUCGGAGAAGAAGCGGCCGAGCACGCUGGUGCCGGCGUCCUCCGUCACACCCAAAACCAAAAUACAACGUCAGGACAUUUUCACCGUUUCCAGGCCUGUGUCUCCGGACUCGGAGAAGGACGACGGGCUCUGAAGGGAGCUUAACCAGUGGUGUAGACAGUGUUCUGGAACACGCAGUGAUCACAUGGCACUUUUCUCCACCAUGAUCACGGUUAUCAGAUGAAGGUUUUGCUCUUUUCUUUUGGACCUCCAGCUCUGUCCGAUCCACUCACACCACUGGUGAUGCUAACAGACUGUCUUCUCUAACGUUUGCACACAGACUUUGAUCUCCAGAUCACGUGAGAGUUCAAGCUCCACAGCAACCUGGACCCGUUUUUCUGAUUGUACAUACCUCUCUAUGCAUGUCCAGCUGGAUUCUGGCCUGCCAAAGAAACAACUUAACAUACUUAUUGCCUGUAUAUUAUGCAGUUGACUGCAUGCAAAUGGAAUUUAAAGACGUUUUAUUGAGCUACACUGUACAUAGGAAUAUUUUUCAUUGAUAAUUUAUUAUGUGGACAUUCAGGGUUUGCAUACUGGUAGCACUAUAAACACUGAAUAACAAAAGGGUUUACUGGCAGAGGAGAUGUGCAUGGAACAUGUAUGAAUAGAAACGUAGAAAGGUACAUUUCUCUUUUUUGCCCGACGAUGUAGACGUUUGUUCCGCUCUCACUUUGCCCUCUUGGCCACAGUGAAGGAGCUCUGGUACGAUUUAUAUCAGUUGUUUUUUGCUUCUUAUAAUCAUUUCUAUUUUUGAUUACAAAAAAAACGUCCUUGGCCUCAGUUUGAUGUCCAGUAAACCCUUAAAUGGCUAUUUUGUUAGAUGCCUCCUUGUGUCUAUGCAUCGCUGCUAGGAUCUCCUGAAUAUUAUACCCUUGUUCUCAUGUCUGUGAACGAAGGACUUUUUUUUCCUUCCCAUUCCUUUGCAUGAAUCAGGGAUGGCAGAACGCACUUUGGGUGAAGCUGCGGUGACAAGAAGGCUUUGGGGAAAUAAUACAGAGUUUAGUUCACAUAAAAGUCCACUCAGCACAGUGACAUGUAAUCCCACAGCCCCGGCACCGCACACGGCAGUCUUAACCAGCGAGAGUCGCUCUGAAUUCCAUUAACGGCAGCAGCUUCACUGCAAACAGCUCCAGGAAGAAUUCAAUGGAAUUCUUAUGAUAUCAGUUUCUGAGAUCUGCAUGCAAAGGAGCAGUUUUAUGUUCCAGAUUGUGUACAUUUACAUGCAUGCGUAUGUGCGUGUGCAAGAGCUGACACACACACAUACUUCAUGCAUACACAUGCACGGUGUGACGACACCUCUUGAUGUGAACCGUGAAGGCCCAGUGAGACUUUUGCUUCACACGCAGCAGAUCUGUCGGUUUGGGUGUGAAGUGAAGGUUUUUCGGGUCUUUGGAGUUUCAGAUUCAGACGCUUUCCCCCCCUCAACCUGCGCCAAACACACAAGAUCACAGACAGAAUACUGAAGAAUACUGAAGAUACCAGAUGUAGAGUAGCCAUCAUUGAAGCCAUGAAUUUGAAAGUACUAGAUUAAUGUUGUUCCUGCUUUGUUACAUGAAUUACAGUGUGAGUGAAUCAACAGGUGCCAGAAAACAGGCUGACGUAAGAAGGGAAAAAAACGAACCAGCUGGUUGAGAAUUACUGCCCUGAGGCUUUACUAAUGUCCUCAGCGCUUGAAUUCAUUAACUGCUGGUUGUUUUUUUUCCCUUCCUUUAAGUUUUUAUAUGUUCUUUAUCAUAUGGUUAUUGGUAGAAAGACAAAGAAUAGGACAAAGAUAUGGCGAACAGUAUGAAAAAAGGGUGCUGCAGGCUACAAGGACACGACAGGUGUCUUACCACCCAGGCACAGACUUCGCCCAUGCAUUGUUUUCUAAAGUCCAUUAGAUCUGUUCAUUGUUGAAUCUUGUUGCUAAAUUUGCAGUGUUUUUUAAGUCAUAAGUUUCCAUCCCUUUCAGUCAAACGAGAGGCUCAGAACACACAACAUAGUCUGUCUGAUGGGAAACUGGUAGACUUCACUGAUGCAGUCUUCAACACUUCACAUGGGCCUGAUGGAAUGACUCAUAUCAGAAUGUAGUUGCCUUCUUUUAACUCGUCUCAAAGCAUCUUCAGCACCCUAAAGAAAUUUUGGAUGCUUGAGAUGUUGACUGAUUCAGGGAGUCCACAGGGAAAGUGAUGCUUAAGAUUUGACGUUUACCUUCUGUGCAGAAAGGAAUGUUCAAAAUGCACAUGGCCAAUUAUCUGAGUAUGGAGAACCAAUGGGAAAUAGAUGACGGCCAGCUGUAAAAUCGAACUCACAGACAAUAGAAGGUAUAUAAAGAAAAGUACACCAAUCAGCCAUGACAUUACUAUGACCACCUGCCUUACUAUCACCAUCGUGUAGGCCCACCUCUCAUCAGCUCAGGGCCAAAACAGUCCUCACCUCACAAGACAUGGACUCCACUAAACCUUUGAAGGUGUGCUCUGGUAUCUGGUACCAAGACGUUAGCAGCAGAUCCUUCAAAUCCUGGAAGUUGUGAGGUGAGGCCUCCAUGGAUUGGACUUUGUAGUCCAGUACAUCUCACAGAAGCUCAAUCGGAUUGAGAUCUGGAGGACUUUGAGCCCAAGCCAGUUCAUGCUCCUGCUCAGUGGUCCAGUUGAUGCUCACAUGCCCGUUUUAGGGCACUGCAAGGGUUAGACAGGGGCCAUUAUGGGCCUCUUGACUGUGAUGCACUGAGUGUUUUGACACUCUUCUAUCAGAACCAGCAUUCACUUUUUUAGUAGUUUGAGCUCCACAAGCUUUUCUGUUGGAUCGGAUCACAUGGGCCAGCCUUAGCUCCCCACAUGCAUCAGUUAGCCUUGGCCACUCAUGGCCCUGUCGCAGAUUCACCAGUUUUCCUUCCUUACACGGGACUUCCACCAGAUCCUUGUCUGGUCCGGCCCCAUGCUCCCUUGUCCGUCAACACCCACCGGUUGCGUUUUUGGAACGCAGCACGGAGCAGGACUGCUGGACAGCUGGAGUCGUGUGACCAAGGUUUUCCCGUGGUAAUCACUGAAUCAAGGAUUCUCCUCCUCCUCUCCUCAUCCAUGUUGUCUUUCUGGUCCUCUGAAAUCCUCUGACUUGAUGACUCCAGGCCUGCCUCUGCUCUUAAUUACAUUUUUGUUGUCAUAGUUCAGUUGAAAACGAUCUGGUGAUAACACAGAGUGUUUUAUUCUGAAAAUUAACCGGAUGUUUUCAUUUUGUUUUGCUGCCUGACUUCCUGUCCCGCUCCAUCUGCUCUGUUGAGUUUGAUGCGUCUUGCUCCGGCGUCCGGCAAAAAUAGAAGUCUUGUGUAUCUGAUCUGUUGCGUUCCAAGCUGCCGGAUCAGAGAUGCAGCCCGAACGCAACGGAGCGGAUCCAGUGGAAGUUAACAGAUUGACUAGAAUAGAAACCUAUCAGAUCCGGUGCCGUGCUGUGAUGGAUCGGAGACGGACCAGACACGGAUCUGAUGGAAUUUGUCCUUUAGACCUCUCAUGGUCGUAAUGGACAGCUGCAAACCUGGAACAUCCCUUAAGAGCUGCAGUUUUUCAGAUCCUUACCCUCACCAAUUUUUCCUUUUUCCCCACACUUCAACCUCAAGGACAAAAUGUUCACUUGCUGCCUAACACCCCGCCCACUGACAGGUGCCAGUGUAAUAACAUAGUCAUUGAUAUUCACCUCACCUGUCACUGGUCAUAAUGUUAUGGUUGAUUGGUGUACAUGGACGGAAGAUAAAUAUGGAUAUGUAGUUAACUUUGCAGACAGUCUCGCCUCCAUGACAGGUAACAUGGAUUGGGGUUCAACAUAAGAGACAGACAUCCAAAGCUCCCAAUCUACUAAAAAGGCCUUUUAAAAAGACUAUGUUGUGUUCUUUGACCAGUUGUUUGAUGAAGUUUCAAUUAGCUAAUUGUCAACACGUAAUCUGUAUCCAUUCUUGUUGAUAAUGACCAAAUAAUGAUUAAAGAUAGCUUGCCAGUGUAGUUUAGACAUUGAUGAAAUGACCAGGUUUCUGGCAUCCAAACCUUCCCAUUAAACCACUUACUGCACUGAAAUGUAAGCAUUAUUUCCAUCUUGCUAAAGUCUGUCCUGAUGUCAGUUUUAGAUGUAUGCCUCUGCUGUCAACAGGCUGGAAAAUGAUGAACAUUAAUAAGUCUGUAAUGCUAAUUGGCAUAAAAUCCCACCAGUUGAGACAUGAGAUCUCUGUCACGGUAUGCUAAUCACGUUUCACUCUGGAACAUUUUCAAAAGAAAACUGUUUUAAUGGCCUUUGUUGUGCAAAUGAGAACAUUUGAGUUAGAUAGGAAUUUUCCUCCUGUGCACGUAAGCCUGUUUUCUGCACCAUCCUGCUUCACUUCCUCACUUCUUCACUGCGGGGAGUUUUUUCAUAGCAGCCCAUGUUCUCUCUGCUGUUGGCCUCUGAGCAGAUCCCCUGCAUGAAUCAGGGGUAAGUGCCUUGCUCGGGGACACGUCGGCAGCAGUUUGUGGCUACCUAACCACGAACAUGAAUCCAGAAAUUGAUAUUUUUUAAAAUUUAACUGAUGGCUACAUCGAACGCAUCAUAUCUCUUAAUCUUAUUGAAAUGUCACUUAUAUUGAAUAUCAUGCAAAGCUAUGCAACAUUUGAUUCUUAGAGCUGUAAACAGGCUGAUUCUGAUGGAUUUGAAUUAUUCCAUGUUAUAUAGUGUUGUUAAUUAUUGAACAUUUAUCUAUUUGAGAGAUUUAGGAUUUGUUUGCUUGUGUAUAUAAGAUGAGAUAUCAGUUAUUAAAAUCCUAAAAACAGUGUCCCCUAAAUGUACCAAAUGAUGGCUAGCAUAUAGUCAAAACUUAGCAUUCCAUCCUUUUUCUUUGAAAUAAAGUCCCCCUCCCCCGUACUGGGAUGAGUUUAAUGUUGGCGCCACCAAUACUUCCAACAGUUGACUUAUUGACAGGAUAAAUC